AUGGCGUCUCCCUGUGGGAAGGGAGCCCGGGCGCUGGAGGCUCCUGGCCUCGGGCCCCGGCCGCUCGUCCGGGAACUGGUGGACUCUGUAGACGAUGCGGAGGGGCUGUAUGUGGCGGUAGAGCGGUGUCCGCUCUGUAACACCACCCGCCGCCGGCUGACCUGCGCCAAGUGCGUCCAGAACGGCGAUUUCGUUUACUUCGACGGUCGCGACCGUGAGAGGUUUAUAGACAAGAAGGAAAGGCUAAGUCAACUUAAGAGCAAACAAGAAGAAUUUCAGAAAGAAGUGUUAAAAGCUAUGGAAGGAAAGUGGAUAACAGAUCAGUUGAGAUGGAAAAUAAUGUCCUGCAAGAUGAGGAUUGAACAGCUGAAGCAAACAAUAUGUAAAGGAAAUGAAGAAAUGAAGAAAAAUUCUGAAGGCCUCCUCAAAACCAAGGAGAAGAAUCAGAAGCUUUAUACUCGAGCACAGCGGCACCAGGAGAAAAAGGAGAAGAUCCAACGGCACAUUCGCAAGCUUGGGGAACUGGUAGAAAAGAAGACCUUUGACUUGCGGAGUCAUUACGAGCGUCUGGCCAGCCUCCGGCGGUCUCAUAUAUUGGAGCUCACCUCUGUCAUUUUUCCAAUCGAGGAAGUCAAGACCGGUGUGAGAGAUCCUGCAGAUGUGUCUUCAGAGAGUGACAGUGCCAUGACCUCAAGCACAGUGAGCAAGCUUGCCGAAGCCCGCCGUACCACGUACCUCUCAGGGAGAUGGGUCUGUGACGAUCACAACGGGGACACCAGUAUCAGCAUCACGGGACCUUGGAUCAGCCUGCCCAACAACGGAGACUACUCUGCCUAUUACAACUGGAUGGAGGAGAAGAAAACCACCCAGGGCCCUGACAUGGAGCACAGUAACCCCGCCUACACCAUCAGCGCUGCUUUGUGUUAUGCGACUCAGCUCGUCAACAUCUUGUCUCACAUACUCGACAUAAAUCUCCCCAAGAAGCUGUGCAACAGUGAAUUCUGUGGGGAAAAUCUCAGCAGACAGAAAUUUACUCGAGCAGUGAAGAAACUGAAUGCCAAUAUUCUUUACCUUUGCUUUUCUCAGCAUGUAAAUUUAGAUCAAUUACAACCACUGCAUACCCUCAGGAAUCUAAUGUACCUGGUCAGUCCGAACUCUGAGCACCUAGGCAGGUCGGGACCCUUUGAAGUGCGCGCCGACCUCGAGGAGUCCAUGGAGUUCCUGGACCCCGGCGCGGCCGGAGAGUCCGACGAGAGCGGCGACGAGCGCGUCAGCGACGAGGAGACGGACCUGGGCACGGACUGGGAGAACCUGCCCAGCCCGCGCUUCUGCGACAUCCCGUCGCAGCCCGUGGAGGUGUCGCAGAGCCAGAGCCCGCAGGCGUCCCCGCCCAUCGCCAGCAGCAGCGCGGGCGGCAUGAUCUCGUCGGCGGCCGCCUCCGUCACGUCGUGGUUCAAGGCGUACACGGGGCACCGCUAGCGCCGGCGCGGCCGAGGACGCCCGGGGGUCGUGGUGGAAACAGUGCCUGGAAACGAAACCAAGCGGGAGACGGGCCUCUCACGGAGACGGAGGAGCUGCAGCCUGGCCGGUUCUGUGGAGGCAGAAAAGCGCGGAGUCUCCCCCUCGGGCCACAGGACCCGGCACCCAGCCUGGCCUCGGACACCGAGUCAACAUGUUGCCUUUAAAGGCUGAAUCACAGGGCGUGGUUCUUACUGGAGGAGGACUUGAAGGAUUAAAAAACCAUCUAAUGUUUCUUUUUACACUAUUCCCCCCACCCCCCCUUCUUGGUACAGAGAACCAGCCAGCAAUUUGCAAUACUUGAUUUCUUUAUGAUUGGGUCAGGUUCGGUUUUUUGGCCAUGGAUUUUGGUUUGGCUUGGAAGGGGUAGUCUUUUUUGUUGUUGUUGUUUUGAGGGGUUAGGAGUCGUUUAAAAACUGUUCCAUUUGUGCUGCUGUCAUAGCUUGCAAGACAUUCCUUUUUUUUUCUUUUUCCCCAGGCACCAAAGAAACUAAGGUUUCCCCCACCCCACCCCUCCCUCAGCAUCCAUGAACCGAAAGAUCCUAGCUGCAAUAAUGCCCUAGCGAUUUUAACACUCACUACAUAGUUUUUCGAACUGAAUUGCUCUUCCUGAGUGGCACAUGAGUCUUUAUGGUGAUUCCCUUGGGCAGAAGCAGCGCCUGCCGGGAUGCAGGCUAAAGGGCCCCUUCACUACGGACCCUCUGCUCAUUUCUCACCUCGUCUGAGUUCUCCCUGGGACACAGUAGCAGCAGGUUUCUCCGGGAAAGCCAGUCUGCCUGCUUGUUCCCCAGAGCUGGGGUGGCCCGUGGACUGUGCUCAGGCAGGCAGAGCUCGGCUCCCCUUUAGGAAAGUGCAGCUGGAAUUUUUUUCCCCCACCAAAAGCUCCUUUUCAGCUCAGAGCUAUGGUCAUUCUCUUAGUGACAAUCUUACAGGAAAAUUGUAGAGAGGCAUUAUGUACAAAUAUGUAAGUAGGUUUUUUUAAUUUUUAAUACUUGCACACACAUACACAAAUCCUAUGUAACAACUCCAAAAACUCAAACCUAUGAAAAAUUCCCAACAGGUAUUCUCCCCAUACCUUGUUUAGAGUGAUGAGCAUGAUAGUACCUCAGAUAAACCCUCAGGAGGCCCGCCCUGCCCCACUCUGCUGCGUUCCUCACUGUAAUGAUCAUAGUUGAUAUUUGCCUCCAGACCCGAGGUGCUAUGUAGCUUUGGCCAUUGUGUAUAUUUAGUGCUUGGUAGACUUUUGGGGUAGCCUCACAGAAGGGUGUCGUGUUCCUGUCCAAGAGUUGCAGGUGCCCUGUCUCCAUUUUCCACAAAAAAAAACAAAAACAGAAAAAUCAGAAAACGAAACAAAAAACCUGUUGGAGCUUCCCAGGGGGCCCCCAGUGCAUCAGCCCAUCUAAGCAGCCCAUCUAUUCUAAGUGCUCCUCUUCCUGAGUGCUGGGCUUGGUUCGUGGUUCCAUCUGAUGGAAAGUGAGUUUGGAAGACUUAACAGGAACAUGUGAACUCUAGCGUCCAUGAGAUUCAUUGUCCAGGCACUUCAGGCAACUUCAGGCAACUUGAGCUCAGACGCUGGGGUCGGAGGCUUGGUGAAGACAGACGGUAGCUAAGCUACGUAGUCAUCACCAUUUUCCUCAAGCCUUUUAUGUUACCACGAGUGUGAGAUGAAGCUCACGAAUAGAAUUCAGAGACUACAGGCUCCUAUCUAAGCUAGUUUAAGAAAUGUCCGAGCACAUCGGAAAUUUAGAGAUACAUAGGGAUUGGUAUACUUGUAUAGGGAUCAGUUUAAGGUUGUUGUUGACAUCAACUAUAGGCACUUUACUUAGGGUUAAAUGAUGAAACCCUUAAGAGGUUUUGAACACCAACAUACUGGCUUAUACUGCUGAGAUAUUUUGGUUUUCAUUAUUUUGCACUGGAUACACUGUGUAAAUAAAUAUACUUAAAUAUACAUUUCAAACCACUGUUUUUUCUACUCUUUGCUGCUCAUUAAAAAUCUUUCAUGUAGGUGCCAGAACCAUAUGUAAACAGCUUUUUAAAAAUUGAAGCUGGUAUUUUUUUUUUCAAACAAAAAGCCAUAAGAUUUGGUUGUUUUCCAUAUCAAAAGAAUUUGAAACAAGGUAAUACUAAUUAAAAAACCCACAGGCACCAAAUCGGCUGCUUGAAAUGGUCUUUGAAAGACUUUUUUUUUUCUUUUUUCCGAAGGUGGGGGGUGGUUGUGGGGGAUGUAAUGAAAUAAAGAACGUUUUGCACAUCUAAGAGUUAAGGGGGAAGUUGGUGCCACUGUCAGGAAUGGCAGCGCAGAGCCACGAGGACUCCCGUUAGAAGCUGGGAAAGCGGGUGUGCGGGAGCUGGGGCACCAGCGCGUGCAGGAACUUCCCUUGCUCUGUGACUUCCAAGCCAGUUUGAGUCAAAUGUUUUCUAAACUUUUAUUGUACUAUUGCAAUAAAUCUUUUAACAAUA